AUGUAUUUCUCAGGCGUCGCUCUUAUACCGGCAAUACUGCUAUCCAGCAUUGUGUCGGCGCAAACGCCGGUGGGCUUUGUUCCAGAGGUGAAGGAGAAGUUGGAGGUCAUCUUCGGGACCAAGGCUGUGCAAACCCCCGGGGCCAGCUUUACACGAGCAGAGACAGCGAGGCAGCCAACCAUAGGCACGAAAGAUGCUGCCCUAGCAGCAGGAACUUACCUAUGGAUGAUGAUUGAUCUCGACGUCCCAUCCAACUUCCAAAACCCUUCCUCCGGCCCCCGCCGCACGAACCUGCACGCCAUGGUAGCCGGCUUCCAACCCAGCAGCGCCGCUAGCACAAACGGCAUCUACACGCUCACGCCGCCGGCGUCCUCCUCCAGCGCAAUCGUGCCAUACGUGGGCCCAGCGCCCCCUCGCGAGACUCCGCCGUACGCGCACCGCUAUGUGAGCCUGCUGUAUGAGACGCCCGCGGGCUUCUCUGCCACGCGCCAACAGGUCGGCCAGACGCUCGGCUUCGACCUGGCCAAGUUCGUUGCGGCGGUUGGGUUGACUUCUCCUCCGAUCAGGGCGAACUAUUUCAAUGUGACAGGCUAGGCGAGGAGUAUGGCAUGAAGUUGGGUGGACGAAGGGGGUUUGAGCUUCAGGUCUGGGGUUUGAAGCUUAAGUUGGCGAUCAAAAAAAGGGGUUAGGUGGGCUAUUGGGGUGGAAAAUGGCGGGCCAUGGUCGCGGAAUAUGAAUGGUCGCGGAAUAUGAAAGCGUCACACGAUGGCAGGCGGCGGUGCUCGGCCCGGACGUUCUUUAGUCGGUCUCUCAGUCAUUUGCGAGGACAAGAAUCGAGAAAAAGUGCACCCAGCGUUCGUCAGUCACUCGAUCUAGAGACAACAAAAUUGGCAACCAAACUUCCGCUGGGCGUUUUGUUUCUCUUUCCGUGAUUAUUGCCGCCGAUAACUUCAAGAUAGUGCCAGCUCAGGUAAUGUACACUGAUGGCC